GGCUACUCCGAGUACUGUCGUGAUCAUAGAUGGCGCUCUAGGCACAGCAAGUAGAGGCAUUUACCUGGAUGACAUUACGCUGUCUCCUGAAUGCAGGCUAGCCUUGCCUCCACCCACGUGUUCUGCCCGAGACUUCAGAUGUGGUAGCGGGGAAUGCAUUUCCGAGGAUAAAAUCUGUAACUAUGAUAAAGACUGUAUUGACGACUCUGAUGAGGCAAACUGCGCUGGAUGGUUAAGAUGUGACUUUCAAACUGAUUUCUGUGGCUGGUCAAACGCUGUAAGCCAGGAUAAUUUUGACUGGACUCGGCACUCCUGGGCCACAUCAACAGUCUACACAGGACCUAGCUACGAUCACACUCUGAUGAACAACCAGGGAAAAUAUAUUUACACGGAGGCUUCAGUUCCUCGUCAAAGUGGCAAUAGAGCCGUCCUGAGGAGCCAAAUAUUCACUGUUAGCGGUCUGUGCAAGAUGCGCUUCUUUUACCACAUGUAUGGAAAUAACAUGGGGAACCUAAGCGUCAGUGUACAAAACAGAGACCGUCUUACUCAAGUAGUCCAGAAGUGGAGCAUGGCCGGGAACCAAGGGGACAGGUGGCACUUUGCUGCCGUGGAUCUAAGAACUACCGGUAUUGCACGGUUCCGGGUCCUGUUAGUUGGUACAGUGACGGGGUUUCCGCGGAGUGAUAUAGCUGUCGAUGACGUAUCUUUCACCCCCGGAUGUAAGCUUGAUGCAGGUACAGAGGUCCGCCCCAAGGGAUACAUCCGACUCCGAGGAGGCCCCGUGUCUAAUGCCGGGAGAAUAGAGAUCUAUCAUGACGGGAGCUGGGGUACCGUCUGUGAUGACGGUUUCGACCAGACUGAUGCAGAAGUAGUGUGUAGAGAAUUGGGUUACAUUGGCGCCGUGUUCCCCAAAUUAAACAGUUUUUACGGUCCUGGAAGAGGAAAUGUAUGGCUGUCUGAACUGCAGUGCUCAGGACAGGAGCUUUUUAUCAGAGCGUGUACCCAUUCAGGUUGGAACGCCAGGACAUGUGAUUACACAACCCACAGUGAAGACGCAGGAGUCGUCUGUGACACUGCAGGAUCAGUUGGAAUGGUGCGAUUAUCGCACGGGGAAACAUUCACUAGAGGGCGUUUGGAAGUGCACUAUGGUGGAAAAUGGGGUGUCGUCUGUGCAGGGUCAAGAGACAUUAACAUCGUUACCAACGUCGCACUUGUCGUCUGCCGGCAACUUGGACACAGGAAUGGGGUUGUCUUGGCGGGGAGAAGCGUCCCCUCUGACGGUGCUGUCCUCUCCGGGCUUUUAUGUGUGGGUAAUGAAAGAGCGAUAACAGAAUGCGGACACCAUCCAUACGGAAGUCCAUCAGUAACCUGCUCAGAUAGGUCUGUACGUAACCUUUUUUUGAAAAAUAUGCCUUAAACACGGGAGUUUCACAAAUGAACGUUAUGUUCACUUGAGAACGCCACAUAGAACCUCAACCCAUACAUACAAAUACUCUAAAAUAUUUUAAAUGCUUUUGAUAUUGGUAGCAAUCAGUCAAAUUUCUCAAAAAGAAACAAGGAAAGAAAGAAAGAUAAUGAACAAUCAAUCACCCCUUCCAACCCACGCCUUACAUUGUACCAUACACAGUGUAGACUCCAUUAUAAUUAAAUUUGCAUAUGGCGUUGGCAACAUUCACUUAGCAUAAUUAGAAUGUGCCAAGAGCAGAUUUUGUUCUCAUGAACAUCUUGCAAUAUUUUCUAAACCACACAGGAUCCUGUAUACAGAUAAAUGAGAUAGGUGCCAAUGAUAUAACAUCCAUGCUUCGCGUAAUCGAGAGUCACGUUCAAAAUUAAAGUGACUUUGUGCUGUUGGUCUAAAGAAUGAAGUUGUUAUUAUGAAGAAGGCCCUAGCUGACACUGUGAAUAAAAAUAUUCAAGGAAUUUGGUGUAUUGGCUGAGUUAUUAAAUCAAGUAAAACGGGUAAGGUAAAAGUAAGUAUCCUAAGAUUCUUAACCUUUUUAACUAAGACUGAUUUUCGAUUUAAAUUAUUUUAUUAAACGGGUCCACUCCAGCACUAGUUAUAAUUUAAAUUUUGCAGGCUCUUUGGCUGUCUUGUGACAAGGAUACCUUGCCACUGGUCGGCACCUUAAGGCUGGUAGGAGGAAAUACAUCAAACGCCGGGAGACUGGAGAUUUACCUUAAUGGACUAUGGAACUCUAUGUGUUCCAACAUCUGGACCGCUUAUAGGGCAGCAAACGCCCAAGUCGCCUGCACCCAGUUAGGGUUUGCUUUUGCGUCUGAGGAACUGACCACAGAGUUUGGACAAGGGACAGCGGUUGUUCAUUUC